GACGAUCUUUGAUAAUAAUAUUUUAUAUACGUUUGAAAAGUAACACUUUUAACAGAAAACUACAGUCAAUUGUCAACUCAUUUACAAAUUUCACUCAUUAAGAUUACUCAAUUCUUUAGUAUUUGUUCUCGGUUUUACAUAUUUAUGUCCUCAGGAUAACUGUUUAGAGACAAUUUGAAUACAUUCAGUCGUGUUAUUUGUUCAGUAAGUUUUUGAAUGAUAUUAACAGUACGGAUCAUUCUUUUUUGAGUUAGUUUAACUUACCUAUGUAUUUUUCUUUUAUCUUGAACUGUUUAGUCUUAUUAAAUUGUCGAUUUUUGUUUGGAACUUAGGUUUUGUAAAACAACAUUCAAAUUCAUAUUUUUUUUUCCAAAUUUUACAUUAAUUAGCAUCAUUGCAUAAUAUUUUUUAUUUAAAUGAUUAAAUUUCCAAUGCCUACACUUAUACAAUACCCACACAAAUGUGUGUGGAUAAAAACUAGAUAAUUAAUGAAUUAUCUAGUUUUUUAUAGUUAUACUACCCUAAAGCACAAAGCCCUUGGGUCCUAUUAAUGUUCAAAAAUAGUCGAUUAGUAAUAAGUACUUACUUUUAUGUGAUAAUACGAAAAUAUUGAGUGCAUGAAAAUAUAUAUCUCAAAAUUUUUAUUGAGAGUCAAAUAAUAUUUAUUCCUUGAAAUCAAACAUUUAUUUUCUUUAUAUAUUGACUAAUGCACAAUUUACAUUGAAAUAUAUUGUUGUUACAUUCAUUAUUGAAACUAUUUUAUGUUAGCCUGCAUUGUGAUUAAGUAUAACCGUAUCAAAUGUAAUAAAUUAUUUUUCUGUUUCUCAGUUUUCAUAAUUAUUUAUCUUAAGUAUGUUAAUAAUAAUUCAUUACUUAUAAUAUUAUUCAAUAAAAUUUUGUUCUAAAGAAUAUGGCUAUGGCUUCGACUUCAGUUUCACAUGAGGAAAGUGUGGAUGUAGAUCAUGAAGAAGAUGAUGGACCUCUUCUAGUUUCAAAACUUGAGGUAAAAUGAAUUAUUAAUAUAUUUUAAAUUGAUAUAGUAUAGUGUUGUAGUAUUUAUUUUUAAUAAUCUAUUAUUCACUAAUUCACUAAUUUUGAAGGGCCAAGGAAUUACAGGUGCUGACAUUAAGAAACUUCAAGAAGCUGGGUAUCACACUGUAGAAUCUAUUGCAUUUGCUACAAAAAAACAUUUGAUAACCAUUAAAGGUAUAAGCGAAGCAAAAGCUGAUAAAAUAUUGGUAAGUAAUUAAAAAUUGUUAUUUAACCACUUAAGAUCUACUUAAGAUUAAUAAUAAUAUUAUUUGUAUUUUUUUUUUAAAUUAAUGAUUCCAGGCAGAAGCAUCUAAAAUGGUACCUCUAGGUUUUACUUCUGCCACAAUAUUUCACCUAAAAAGAUCUGAAAUUAUUCAAUUGACUACUGGCUCAAAAGAGUUGGAUCGUUUAUUAAAUGGUGGUUUUGAAACUGGAUCUAUCACAGAAAUUUUUGGAGAGUUUCGAACUGGUAAAACACAACUAUGUCAUACUUUGGCUGUAACUUGCCAGGUAAAUUAUUAUUAAUAUAAAGUAAAAAAAAGUAAAUUUUUAUUAUUCACUAUUCAUCAAGUUUAUUUAGUAGUCGAUAAAAUCUCUUGUUUUGAAAAAAAAUAAUUUCCUCUUGUACAUUUCUUGAUGUGGUUUUGGCCUUUGAUAGUGUUUAGCACCUUGAACAUAUUAAAUUAAAAUCUAUAUUUACUCAUCACUAUCUGCUAUUUAAGUCUUAUCUAAAAGAUGAAGUUCACAGUGUACUCUAGAUUAGCUGUAUCUGAUAUAUUUCUAAUCCAUGCUGGAGUUCUACAAAAAGCUUCACCAUUAUUAUUUGAUUUAUCCUUUUCUGACCAACCUGUUGUUAAUUGCCCAUUACUAGGUACUGGAGACUGCUGAUGAUAAAGUUCUUCUUGCUUUUCUCAUUCUGUUCUUGUAUUAGCUUCGUUUUUAUGUAAAAUUGUUUGUAUUAUGUAUGGCAGUGGUCUUCAACCAGUGGGUCGCGACCCAUUUUUGGGUGGCUUAAGCUAAAAAAUUGGGUUGCGAUAAUUUUUCUCUUUAAAAUAAAAAUUAAGUUUAUACAAUUAAGAUGUAGAUAAUAAUAAAUAUAAGGUAUACAAAUAGUUGUUUAAUUAUUUAACUUAGAAAAUUAAUAAAUGAAAAUAAAAUUUGAAAAUUAUUGUAAUAUAUUAUAUAUAAACAAUAUUAUAUAAUUUAUAUUCAAAAAUAUAAUAGUUUAAUGGAUUUCAAAUCGCAGUAUAUGUUUUGUGUACUGGUAUGAUUCUACGUAGUAUGACAUUAAAUAUAAUAAUUUACAAGUAAACCGAGCUAUUAAUAAAAUAAAUAUAUUAUAUUAUUAUCCUUAAAGAGUCCCAUAAUUUACUAACAUUGUUGAUGUUGUCGCUGUAUUUAAAGACAAAUAAAUGUUAGUCGCAUUAUUAUUCUAGUUAUAUUUACAUAUCUGUUAAAAAGUUUUUUUUUAUUUUUAUUCAUUCAGUUAUAACAGUACUACAAAGUAUUAAGUAAUUUUAGAUUUUUUUUGUUUUUCUAUAAACGUUUUUCUUUAUGUGUGCCUUAUGUGAGCCGCGAAUAAUGUACGCCUAAAAAUGUGGGUCGUGAGUUCAAAAAGGUUGAAGAAGACUGAUGUAUGGGAUGCCUAAGAUCAGGCACCAGCAAUCCAUGGCCUACAGACUGUAUAUUUAUUUAAAACUCUAAUUUUGUAUUUUAAAUUGUAACAAAUAAAAGUAUUAAUUUUAUGCUUUAGAAUCAUGAUUAUCAUAGUUUUACGAGUAUAAGGUAUGAAUUUAUUUCACAUUGUUCUCAAGUUUCUAAAUAAAAUAAAAAUUAUACACUGAUAGAGUUAUGAAAAAAAAGGUUUUUGAGCGGAGUUCAAUUAUCUAGGGGCUAAUAAUUUAGGGAAUAACCUAAUUGUGUUAUGUGAUAACAUCAGUUUUCAGAAGGAUUAGUAGAAUUUAAAAUGACCGUUAAUUAAAAACUAUUCAUCGAAUAUAAAUGUGUGAUACAUUAACAUUUUCAAAAAAAUGAUCUGAUUGAAGUUCAGUUGAUAGUGAUUCUUUGUCAACAAUAUAUAUAUGCCCUUUUGUAGUAAAAUAAUUAAAUAGGCCUUAUAUAUUUUCUUUAAUAAUAUUUUUGUUUAAUAUUGUAAUGUUUUUCCUGGUUCUCCUGUGUUUUUCACAUUUGCUGGAAUAACUCUUGAAAAAAUAGAAAAAUUACCUCCUUAAAGUACCUCCCCAGGCAAAUUUCCUUUUAGAAAAAGUACUAUUAUUGUAAAUCUGAGCAAAUUUACUGGUAGUAUAGUUGUCUACAGAAACAAAACAAAAUUGUAAUAUAUUUUAAUUAACACCUACAUUUCUUAUAUUUUCCUGUUUUUUUGGUUUUUGAAAUUGUACAAGAAAAUUAUUGAGAAAAAUCGAAAAUAUGACCUUCAUACAGUACCUCUCCACACCAAUUUUUUUUAUUUUAACACACUGCAGAUGAGGCCUUAAAGCAUCAAUUUGUUCAAGGUAUCCUUUAUACAUUUAUUUUCAAUUAGUUUUAAUUAGGCCAGUGUUAUGUUAUAAUAUAUUUUCAGUUAACAAAAUUGAUCCACAGUGGAUGCCUUAAACAAUUACCAAUAUACCAAAUUUUGUGUAUCUAAACUAAGUGCCAUUCCAAUUAAUUCUUAUAAUUGAGGUUUUACUAUAUAAUGGUUGUUAAUAUCCAUAAAUAUAUUAGUAUUAUAUUUAUGAUAUAUUUUUAUUAAUGUUUUUUUUAAAUUUAGUAUGUGGUCUGCAAUGAAAAGUUGAUAGAAAAUAUGACCAGCGUAGUAAAAAGGGUUGCCGACCCCUGCUUUAGACCCAGAAACUAUCAUAUUUAACGACAUACUUCUUUUAUAUGCAUAAAUGGUUCAAUUUCUAACAACUUAAUCAUUACAAUCUUUUCAUAUCUAUGAGUUAACUAUAGCAGAUGAUCUGAUGAUGAUAGAUGACUUAUAACAGGGAUUCUAUUUUCAAAUACAGUACAAUGGUGAUCAAAUCCUAGGACAUAGACUUUAUGAGUCAUAUUAUACAAAAAAAAUCUGCGAAAUCUGUAUUCUUAAGUGUCUUCUAUGAAUGUUUAUAUUUUAUUUUAAUAUAGGAUUUUAUUAUCUAUCUAUGGUAAAUAAUAAACACAAUAAUAAAAAAAAUACUUUUUUUAAAUUUUACCUCUACUCCUUAUACCUUGAAUAAGUAUUAACUUUUGGUUUUGAAAUGACAACCCCCUUCCCCGCUCUUUUUCAACGCAGAUUCAAAAGAAGAAUAUUUCUCAAAAAAUUUUGAUAUGACACAUUAUUAAAUGUGUCAUUUAUAAGUUUCAACAGUCUAGAAUCUAGAGCAGAUCAUAAUAAUGUAAUGGAACAUGAUAAAAGAAUCAUACUGUAUAUUAUGAUUAUUAUCAUCAAUUUUUUAAAUAUUUGUAUAAAUGUAUGAUCUGAAAAAAUUAUUUUUGAGUUUAUUAUAAGCAUUUUUUUUUUUUUUAGUUACCUAUAAGUCAAAAUGGUGGAGAAGGUAAAUGUCUCUAUAUCGAUACAGAGGGAACUUUUCGCCCAGAACGUUUACUUGCAGUGGCUGAGAGAUAUAAUUUGGUAGGAAGUGAUGUUCUGGAUAAUAUUGCAUGUGCUAGAGCUUACAACACAGAUCACCAAACACAAUUACUAUUGCAAGCUGGUGCAAUGAUGGCUGAGUCUAGGUAAAAUUAUUUGCAAUUCAUUAGUUUAAUUAUUUGGUUUUAAAAUUUUACUUUGGCUUUUAAUACACAUAUGCAACAUAACAUUAUUACUAUGAAUCAAUAUAUUACAAAUAAAAACCGGAUUUAUAUGUUUUUACAUAUCUUUACUUUUGUAUAUUUGAGAAUAUUUCAUGGGUUAAAGAAUAUUUAGCUUAUUUUGCAUAUACUUUGCAUAUAUUUUGCAUUUUACAAUUUUUUAUUUUUUAUCAUUUUGAUAAAAAGGUUAGUAAUAUAGUAUUCACCUAUUACAAGUUCACUAAACAUGGUGGUUAACCAUGUAACUUGAUUUUUAAGUUUUUAAAAAUUAAAUUACUAAUUAUUAAAUUAAAUUAAUUACUAAACAAUUAAAUAAAUAGAUAUAAUUAUAUCUAUAAUAUAUUCUUACUUUAACUUAAGUGCACUAUUAUUCUAUUUUAAAACGCAAGUGUCAUUUAUUAUUUAUGGAAUGUUAUAAAAAAAAAUUGCAUAUUAAAGCAUAUAUUAAUGUUCUUUGAUUAUUUUUGCAUAUUUUUCAUACUUCUAAGAGAAUAUAAUGAGAACAUUUUAAGGUUUUUUAGAGAAUAUUAUUAUCAUAUUUUAGGUGUUUUAAGAGAAUAUAAAUCCGGUUUUUAAUUAUAAACCUAAACUAAAUAUUCUAAUAUUUUAGGUAUGCGUUAUUGAUUGUGGAUAGUGCCAUGGCUUUAUACAGAACUGAUUAUUCUGGUAGAGGCGAGUUGUCUGCCAGACAAAAUCAUUUAGCAAGAUUUCUCAGAAUGUUAUUACGUCUUGCAGAUGAGGUGACUUAAUUUACAAUACAUUUUUUGCAAACUAUAAACUUAUAAAUAAUUGUGCAAUUAAAUUAAUAUUAAAACAAUUAAGUAAAUUGAUUGGACAAUUUUAUAAUUUCAAUAUUAUUAUUUUUUUAGUUCGGUGUUGCUGUUAUUAUUACAAAUCAAGUUGUUGCUCAAGUUGAUGGUGCAUCAAUGUUUGCUGCAGAUCCUAAAAAACCAAUUGGUGGAAAUAUUAUGGCUCAUGCUUCAACAACCAGAUUGUAUUUGCGUAAGGGAAGAGGGGAAACUAGAAUAUGCAAAAUAUAUGAUUCUCCUUGUUUACCCGAAUCAGAAGCUAUGUUUGCUAUCAAUGCUGAUGGUAUUGGUGAUGUAAAAGAGUAAAUGAUCAGUUUGGACAAGUUUUUUAUUGUAUAAAUUUAAAGCAAACUAUUUUUGAAAUAACUAAUAUUAUGUAACAUAGCAAUAUAUAAAAAUAAAUUUAGUAAUUAUACAGUUUAUAUAAAAUAAAGGUUUUAUAGUAUAAUUACAAGGUCUUUCGAUUGAUAACAAUAAUUAAACUAAGUUUAUAAGAUUAAUUUCAUUAAAAUACAUGCUAUUAUUUUGUUAAAUCAUUUAGUUUAAAAUUUCAGUCAGUUUAUUCAUUAGUUCAUACAAUAGGAAUCAAGCAUUUAAUUGUUUGGCUAUCUUCUUUCUUGUCAAAUCAGCUUUUGUUGGUUUUCCUUUCUG